GUAGACAUCCAACCAACCACAGCUAACCAUGUGACAGGAUAUCCAUCACUGUAGUUAAGAGGAGAGAAACACCAUGACUUUGUGUCAUUACUGCUCUCUGUUGUGCACCUCUGCACACACCAGUCCCAUACUCUCAUUACUGAAAAAUAUCUUCAAACUAAGUCUAAACAACACUCUGAGGAUGUUAUCCAGGUCAGAACUUCCAUUGGUUCUUUGUCUCCUGCAACUUGUCUCCAUCUCUGCUGACAUAGACAAUGGCAUCUUCCUCAUCUUCAAUCAGGACCACAACAAGUGCAUAAAAGCAGAGAGCGCCACAUCGGUAACUCUGGAUCAAUGUGAUCCCCACGCCAAGGAGCAGCAGUUUCGCUGGGCCUCUGAGUCUCGCCUUCUCAGCCUGUCCCUCAAAUUGUGUCUGGGCGCCGCAGAGAUUAAAGACUGGGUGAAGGUUCUCCUCUUCGAGUGCAACGAGAGCAGUGUUCUUCAGCACUGGCAAUGCAAGAACGAGACCCUUUUUGGUCUUAAAGACCAGGACCUGCACCUAAACUAUGGCAACCGUAAAGAGAAAAAUGUAAUGAUCUAUAAAGGCUCGGGGGUGUGGAGUCGCUGGAGGAUUUUUGGCUCUCAGGGGGACCUUUGUUCAAAGGGGUUUCAAGAGGUUUUCACUAUUGGGGGGAACGCAUUCGGAAGACCUUGUCAGUUCCCCUUUAGGUACCAGGAGAAAUGGUACGCUGAAUGCACAAAGGAUGGCCGCUCAGAUGGACAGAUGUGGUGUGCAACAACAAGAGAUUACGACAAAGAGAAGAAGUGGGGGUUUUGUGCAACCAAAACAUCGACUGGCUGGAACACAGACCCAGUCACUGGAGUUCAGUAUCAGAUGAACUCACAAGCAGCUCUGACCUGGUCUCAGGCCCGGAGGAGCUGCCAGCAGCAGGGAGCUGACCUCCUCAGCAUCGUAGAGCUCCAUGAACAGUCGUUCAUUUCCGGGUUGACGAAUCAUUUGGGAAUUUCUCUCUGGAUCGGGCUGAACAGCUUGGAUUUUGAGAGCGGGUGGCAGUGGAGCAAUGGGAACCCAUUCAGAUAUUUAAACUGGGCUCCUGGCCAUCCCUCCUCAGCACCUGGGCUCACCUGUGCAGCUCUAAAUGCUGUAAAAGCAUCAAAAUGGGAGAGCAAGUCCUGCGACAAAAGAAUUGGUUACAUUUGUAGGAAAGGAAACUCAACCAGAUUGCCUCUACCACCAAGUAAAGGACCCAGCUUCUGUCCCAGUCACUGGGUUCCUUAUGGAGGAGACUGUUACUACCUGGAGAGGACUAAGAAGAUGUGGAAGGAUGCUUUGGCUGCGUGCCACAAGGAUGGAGCAGAUUUGGCCAGUAUACACAAUAUAGAGGAGCAGAGCUUCAUCAUAUCCCAGUCUGGUUACCUACAGACAGAUGUGCUUUGGAUCGGCCUGAACGACCAGAAGAACCAGAUGCUGUUUGAAUGGUCCGAUCACUCCCACGUCACCUUCACCCAGUGGCAGAGUGACGAGCCAUCCCAUGAUAACAGCUUCCUGGAAGACUGUGUCCUCAUCCGGGGAAAAGACGGAAAGUGGGCGGACCAGAUGUGUGAGAAGACGUAUGGGUACAUUUGUAAGAAGAAGGCCUCUGUUAAACCAUCUGAAGGUGCCCAGCAGGAAGUCAACCCAGGAUGCAAGCUUGGUUCUGUCCGAUUUGGCUCCUAUUGUUAUAACAUAGGAGCUGAAACAAAAACCUUUGAAGAGGCGAAGCAGGCAUGCUCAGUGGCUGGUGCCAACCUAUUGGACAUCAAUGAUAGAUUUGAGAACGCUUUCCUCAUCAGUUUGGUAGGACUGAGACCAGAAAAGUAUUUCUGGACAGGUUUGUCCAACGUGGAAGACAUACAUACUUUCAAAUGGACAACCAUGAGAAAAGUCACCUUCACUCAUUUCAACGUGGGCAUGCCAGGCAGGAAACAGGGAUGUGUUGCCAUGACCACUGGGAUUUUUGCAGGAUUAUGGGAUGUUAUCAGCUGCAACAACAAGCAGAAGUAUAUUUGUAAGAAGCUGGCAGAGGGGGCCCCGGUAACCACAGUUCCUCCAACCACCCCAGCUCAGAACUGUCCAUCUACAUGGACCCCUGCUGCCAAAAGGAAUGUCUGCUACAAACUUUACAGGGAGAUGAAAGAACACAAGAAGACUUGGCAGGAAGCAGAAGACUUCUGCAAGGCCAUGGGUGGACACCUGAUGAGUAUACACAGUUUGCUGGACCUGGAAUAUUUAGCAUACCAAAUGUCUGACCCAGCAUGGAUAGGUGCCAAACUAAAGGGUACCAAUGAAGGUUAUGCCUGGAGUGAUGAUUCAAACUUUGGCUAUCAAAAUUGGGGCUUCGGAGAACCAAACAACCACAAUGACAAUGAACAUUGUGCAGAAGUCCAGGCCUUCUACGGACGUCACUGGAAUGAUCGGCACUGUGAGGUCUAUAAUGACUGGAUUUGCCAGAUACGCAAAGGAGUUACACCCAAACCUGAGCCUGCCUUGGUUGUUGAAGAGUACAACACCACAGAAGAUGGAUGGCUCAUAUACAACGACAGUCAUUACCUCAUCAAUACUGACACCUUACCAAUGGAAGCUGCCAGAACCUACUGCAAAAAAAACUUUGGUGAACUUGCAGUCAUAACAGGAGAAAGUGAGAGGAGGUUCCUCUGGAAACAAAUAGCCAAAGGUGCAGAAAACCAGUACUACAUUGGCAUGAUUGUGAAUCUGGAUAAAUCUUUCAGUUGGCUGGAUGGGACACCAGUGACUUACACUGCUUGGGAACGCAAUGAGCCCAACUUUGCCAACAAUGAAGAAAAUUGUGUGACUAUGUACAAGAGCAUGGGGUUCUGGAACGACAUUAACUGUGGUGCAGAGAUUCCCUUUAUCUGCAAAAGAAGCAACAAUUUUGUCAACACAACUAUGGCACCAACAACAGUCCCUCAAGGAGGAUGUUCACCUGAGUGGGUUUCCUUCCAACGAAAGUGCUACAAAUUAUUUACGGGCAAUAACAACAAGAACUGGAGGGAUGCCAGGACGUAUUGCAUCCAAGAGGGAGGAAAUCUGGUGUCCAUAGCCAACAAAAUGGAGCAAGCAUUCUUAACAACCCAGUUGUUACAUCACAAUGAUGAUGUGUGGAUUGGCAUGAAUGAUAUCAACCGGGAGAUGCAUUUUGUGUGGACAAACGGCAAAGCCAUCACAUUCACCAACUGGGCUAAAGGCUAUCCCAACUCAUAUUUCAAUGAGGUGUUUGACUGUGUCAUCAUGGUGGGGAGCACCAAUAAACUUAAAGGACAGUGGAAGGUGGAAUACUGUGCUGUAAAACGUGGCUUCAUCUGUAAAAAAAAUACUCCCAGAUUGCAGUACCAGCCACUACUGUGUCAUCAAAGACCUUUCACAAGAUUGGCAAUGACUCCUACAAGCUGGUGACCCAGAAAUUGAGAUGGGAUGAAGCACGAAGAGAGUGCCAGGCAGAUGAUGCAGAUCUGGCCAGUAUACGGAACCCUGUGAGCCAGGCAUUCAUCACUCUGCUGAUUUCCAAGCACAAAGAACCAAUUUGGAUUGGUCUCAACAACAAUGUGACUGGAGGACGCUUCAAGUGGGUUGACAACUGGCUUCUUACGUCUACCAAAUGGGGUGAGAAUGAGCCAAAAAGAAACUAUGGCUGUGUGUACAUAGACGUGGACCAAGCAUGGAAGACAGCACCAUGCACCAGCACCUACUAUUCUAUUUGCAAAAGGUCGCCAG